AUGGAAUUCAACUUCAUUACAGCAGCCGGGGACCCUGAAGUUAGAAUCAUUCUAACGUAUAAAGUUAAGAAUUUUCGACUUACGAUUUACAAAAUCUCGGAAUUCUUCAGCAGAUGGUCCCAUGCGACCGGAUGCAUUAGGUUUGCGAACGACAUUGCAUACACUACUGGAACAGAGCUCUCUGAACACAACAAGCGUGAUAUUGCUGCGUCCGCCAUGAUUUUGGUCGCCCGGAUGCAUGACCUCAUCCCCAAGAUUGGUGUCAAGGUCAUGAGCCUUGUCGGCAUGAUCAAGUUGGUCAUCCUUCUCUUCAUCGUCGUUACCGGCUGGGUCGUCUUGGGUGGAGGCAUCAAAAGAAUUCUCGACCCUGGUGCUGGCUUCCACAUUGCAAUUACAGGUUUGAUCAACAAUGCAAUCCCUUAUGCCAUGGUUCUUUAG